CAUUUUAAAAACCACUUAUAGGGCAGGAAACAGCUGAAAAAUAGUCACUGACUCACCCUAAUAACUCAUAUAGCCUAAUAUAAUUAUAUUUUAGUUUUUUUCGCAACAAAUUCCAAAAAUGUCUUUGCUAAAAUAACGUGGAUUUUGUGCCAAAAAUGUUAUAUUUUCUAACUCUUCUGUUGCAUCUAAAGAAAACCUUUCUAACUCACAAACAUUUAGGCUUCACAAAUUAGAAAUCCAGUACAUUCAUAUGUCGCACCGUGUGCAUUAUGCAGACUUUUCCUAAUUGGCCCCGUGAGGCUGAGGUCUACGCACAUUUUGUCAGCUGGGGACACCAGCUGUCAAUCAAACAGCAUCUUUAUAACUAGCAGCAGCAGCCGCAUCACUGUGUCUCAGGAUAAACCCGGACACAGACAGGAGCUCCACUGUGAUCAUCGAUUGUCAAUCGAUACCUUCUCUGAUGCGAUUAUUCUUACAGGUUUAGAUUCAGGAGGCUAGUAUUUCUAGAUAUAUUGCAUUUUUCUUGCGCACUUCAAUUUUUUAUCACAUUUUUUUUGUCUCCUGGCAACUUUUAAAAAAAAAAAAAAUUUCUUCAGCUCACCAUCCUUUUUGGUUAAAGAUGGACAAACUAAGUGGGAACAAUGCGACUGUGGUGAACAGCUCCUUAGACAGGUGGCAAUUCAAUGAACGCGGCUCGUACCAACACCUGGACACCGGGGAGCUGAGAGUCCUGGUGCCGGCUAUUCUGGGAGUCAUCUGUGUCUUGGGUGUGGCUUGUAACCUCACUGCGAUGGUCAUCUUGUUCUCCAACGCCCAUAAGGGCAAACUGUCUCUCAUCAACUCCCUCAUCUUCAACCUGAUGUUUGCUGACGGGCUGGUGCUGGCGUUCACGGUGCCUUUCCGAGCCGCCUCCUACUCCAAGGCCAGCUGGAGUCUGGGCUGGGUGGUGUGCAAGACGGCCGACUGGUUCCUCCAGUCCUGCAUGGCGGCGAAGAGCUUCACAGUGGCUGUCAUGGCCAAAGCAUGCUACCGGUACGUGUCCAAUCCCACCAAGCAGGUGAGCAUCCACCUGGGCUCCAUCCUGGUGGUGCCCUUCUUCAUCUGGCUGUCCGCCUGCUCUGUGACCGUCCCUCACUGGCUGUUUGCAAAGCUGCAGAGAGGGAUCCGCGGGCUGGUGUGUGUGAUGAUGGUUCCUCCUGAAGCCAGGGAUUUCAUGUUUGUGUAUGUCAAAGCAUACCCCCUGGGGGUCUACUGCGCCCCUCUCAGCUUUGCCCUGAUGUACUUCUGGAGGGCGUACGGCCAGUGCCAGCGCCGCUCCAGUAAGACUCAGAAUCUGCGCACACAGAUCCGAUCCAGAAAGCUCACCUUGAUGCUGUUCAGCCUGACCGUAGCCAUGGCCAUCCUCUGGCUUCCACAGUGGGUAGUGUGGGUUUGGGAGCGACAUUUGGCUGAGAAAGAAAUUGAAGGAGCUCAGCCCCUCAUCUCUUCUCCUCCCCUUCUUCUAGCUCUCUCUGCUCAGCUGCUCACUUUCUCUCUGUCGCUGGUGAACCCUCUCAUCGUCCUCUCCCUCUCAGAGGAGUUCAGAGAGGGCUACCGAGGUCUGUGGAGGCGGCUCACCCUGCGCAAACAACUUCCACCAAAGCCCGGACCUCACAACCCUACCACUCUCCAGUCCCCUUGCCCCAGACCAGAGACCUCAGGCCAGCCGAGGGGGGAGAGGAGCCUCCAAUCCAGCUCCAGCCAGGGUCCCAGUAGAGAGGAUCAGCCUCAGCUGGAGCAAGGUCGGGGAAGAGGAGGAGGAGGAGGAGGGAAAGAAGUAGACAAGGUGAGCCUCAAAGAUGGGAUUGUCUUGCCAGAUGUGGAGCAGUUCUGGCACGAGAGGGAGACUGGCUCACACACGGAUGAAAAUGAUCCUGUGCCGUGGGAGCACCAGAGCAAAGAGGAGAAAAAAUAACAGCCACCUGCCAGCUGAUCCUCAGUAUGAUCUCCAGUCCUCAGACAGCAGCAGCUUCAUCAGCAAACCUCAGUAGAACUGCUGAGUGCUGCACCGUAAAUCAGUGGUAUUCUGUCAACUGUUUGUAUGAUAUUAUUCAAAGGUAAGAAGUGUGGAUUACAGCUAAGUGUGGACUACAAAUAGUACAGUAUGAUAAACAUUGCAAUAAUGUUGUAUUUGUAUUGUUUCAUGAGGAAGAACUAGAUUAUAAUUAGUGUAAGAUGAUUUUGGUGGCUGUAAAUCAAAGUUUACGGUAAGGUGGAUGGCAAUGUAAAUUCAAUAUAUAGAUCUAUAUAUAUAUAUAUAUUUUCAGUAUGCCAUAUAGUGAAUGAAAAUUGUAUGUGUCUUGAAGUAUUUGGACAUCAUACUGCCUGUUACAUAAUUAUUACAUACUUAUUUUUAAAGACUGUGUGCUGCAAGAAACCCUCUAGAAAAAACAAAUUUAAAUCUGAAAUCUCAGCUGGAGGUCAGUGUUACAAUUAACGUGUUUGAAUGUGUUUGUGCAAUCAUGUAGAAGUAGGCUGUUUCGAUGUGAGUAAAAGAGUCUGUGCUUCCUGUCUUUUGUCUGUGUGAGAGAUUAUUUUGCAAUUAUUGUGUAUUUGAAUGA